AUGCGUCGCUCCCAUCCAACCGCGUUCGUGCUCAAGAAGCGUGACAGCUGUGCUGUCUGCAACAACAUCGCACCAUGCCCCGUCUGCCCCAAAGGUCAGCAGUGCCAGCAGAUCUUCCGCUCCUCCUGCCAAGACUGUCCAGUCAACAAGUGCGUCCCCAUCCCUGGCUACAGCGCAAACAACGGCUCCAACAAGUCUGCGCUCGGAGGUGGCCUGGCCGCUCUUUUCAUCGUCGCUCUGGCAGCCGGCACCGCUUUCUGGUUCUGGAGGAGACUCAAAGCCAAACGUCGCCUCAUCGCUCUACACCACGAUGCCAUGGAACGACGUGAAAAGCUGCGAAACGAAAAGGAAGCCAUCACGCUUCAGCUCGGCGGCGCUAAGUCCGCGUCACGUACUUCCGCCGACCCCACUUCUCCCUUUGCCCUUGUCGACGAUGAUGACCUCCUCGACAAUGAUACCGAAUAUACCCAAGUCACCGGCGUGCUCAACAACAACAGCGACGAUCAGGACAGGCUCGGUUCGCUGGCCGAACCCACCGCCUUCCGACGUAGAUCGUUUGGCGCCGCCACACAUCUCUCGAGGAUCACAGAGGGUGCGGAGGAGGAGGAAGAGGAACCCAUGCCCAACAACAACACGAACGGUGCUUCCGCUGCCGGUCAACGCAAGCGCAACACGGUCGGCUCGAUUCAGUCCACCGCUCGGUCGUUGGCUAGCGGUGCCGGUCCGCGCAUCAGCAUCGCUUCGGGUACUUCUAGCUUUGGCUCGCACAACAUCAUCCCGAUCGCAUUCAAGCCUUCGCCGUCCAACCCACGCGCUUCUGCGGCUACUCCAGCUACAGCUGACGGAGAACGUGGCGUCGAUGGUACGGAUGACACAUCUUCUCUGGCUGGGUAUCAAGCCAUCUCUCCCCUCGCACUUCCCUCAACGGCCCAUCGCGCCACUGGCGCCCCCAGCAUCCAGGUCAACACGGCACGUCAGGGCCCCGUCCGACCGACGCGCGCGCCCGACCUCAACCUCCGUCUGCCCGAGCCUCACAAGCCUGCUGCUUCUUCGCCACUCGCCCAGUCCACUGCGCACAACAUGACCCCCGCUGCUGACGCCAACCAGCCAGCAUACCAAUUCAUGUCGAUCGACCCCGUCGAGGCACUCAAGUCGUCGGGGCCGUACAGUCGAUCCGACCGCCCGCUGUCCGGUGCGACGAUCAACACGAUCGGCUCGACGCACUCGGGCAGCCUGUCGUACGUCCUCUCUGCGCCUCAGGUGAUUACACCCGUGAGCGCCGAGGGCGUGAGGCGGGUGCAGUUGGGCAAUGGCGGCAAGGCGCAGCUUGUCAAGGUGCCGAGCUUGAAGCGCAAAGAUAGCAAGAAGGAGAAAUCGUGCGAGGAUCCGUUUAGCGAUCCGCGCGAUGAAGGCACGCUGCUGCCCCCGCCUGCGAACCGGUUUGGCAGUGCGGCGAAAGCAGAACGUUUGUCGACCAUCUCGACGUCGACGCUGGGCAUCCCGUUUGGCGAGAACCCCUUCGGCCCUUCGCCGUUCUCGUCCAACCCGCCUAACCAGACCUCACCCAGCGAUGCCGAGGAGCGCAGCUCGUGGCUCGGCAGCACCGCCGACUCGGCCUUGUCGCGCACCAACACGACGCCGCGCGAUCCGUUCCAGGACCCCAGCUGCAUCUCGCGUGCCCCGACGAGCCCCGACGAGAGCGGCAACAAGGCGGACGGCGAGCUGCGCACAUCGAUCGGCGGACUGAGCCUGUUGGCGCAGUUCCCGUUCGACGUGAGCCAGACGGCCGGGCUGCCGGAAAACGCUCUGCAGAGGGUCGAGCAGUUCAAGUGA